CCUGUUCAUGUUCACUGUAAAUUUGCAAGAUUUGUCUGUGUAAUUUUCUUUAUGCGAUGUUUUACUUGUAAAAAUGCCUGACAAGCACAGAAACGUUAUAAACGGACUGGAACAGCGAAUACUGUUAUACCUCAGUGAUGAGCUGAGAGGUGAGUAGAGUGAAGUUGAGAGUUCAGGUUCGACAGAGGCACUUCAUUUUGUAUCCACAACAUUCAGAUUCAUGAAUAUGUGCUGCAAGAUUCUGCAAUUUUUCUCAUCUUUUACUGUCAUUAAAGCUGCAUGAAUGUAUUUUUCUCAACCAACUCCUGUGAGAAACAUAUGACUCUUAAGCUGCUAAACGCUCCACUUCGUUCACCAGCUAGCCGCUAACUUCGUCUUCCUGCUGUUUGGUACUGAGUAGGUAGUGGGUUUCACUGCAAGCUGCUCCUCUGUGUGACUAGCAACGAGAUUUGUUGAGAGUGAUGAAAGUGAACCAAACCACAAAGUGUGCUUCAAUGGCGUUGAUGGGAACUCCAGACUUCGGUGAUUAAUCUCUGUGUGUCGUCACUGCAAGGGAGCCCUUAAGCAGUCAUUUGGUCCAUUGUUGACAUGAAAAUAUUGAUUAGCCCUGAACUGGAAUUUCACUGUGAGCAUGCCGACAGUUAAAAAAUGAAAUACAGGAAAAAUACAAAAUGGAUUGAACAAUCUUUUCCUGAAACAUCACAAAUUCGUUAAGCAAUUGAAUACAUCCUGUACCUCAUAAGCAACUUGAGACAUGUGGAAAGAGGAUUAUGAUGUAAAUCACUCAAAAAAAGUCUGGUGCAAGAAAGAAGACAAUGUACACAACAGACGUAUGAAUAAAAGUCAUGUAUCAACAAGGGCCUGUCUUUUUACCGGAAUAUUCACCCCCUCACUUAUUCACCCUCAUGACUGUAUCUUGUGCUGUUCGUUCCUGCUUUUCCUUAAAAAAUGACACCAUCAGUUUCACAACAUUUAAUGACUGUAUGAUCUCUGCUGUUGUCUGUUUCACACUGUCGGUGUCAGUUAGCUUCACAGUUGCUUAGUCAAAACAUUUUACAGUCGUUAUGUCUUUUCUUCUGAAUGACCGCAGAGCUAAUGAAUCUCCUCAAGGAGCAGCAGAUGCCGUGUCAACAAAAAGGGGGCACGCAUAGCUGUAUCACCUAUUUUUUUUAUGCAACACUCUGCAGCUGUAGAAUACAAAAGUGUGAGAUGUGUAGGAGGAAGGACGGCAAAACCCAGUCGACUGGCUUCCUGUGGUCAGGUUUCCCCUCACAUGAUCCCUCUUACGCAAUAAUUUUUCUCUCCACACACAGCCUUCAAAGUAAAGAGAGAAACCUAUCAUAGCAGUAAAUCAGAUACAGUGUAAGAUAACUGGAACUUGGUAAACUUUUGGUGUGAAUUUACUGUGUUGGAUUUUAAAGAGAUGUACAGUUGAAGGUCAGUUUGUGAGUUUUAUACAAUUCAGCUUAUCACAAUACUCUAAUAGCAAAACUUUGGUUGUUUGAGAAAAAUAUUUAGAUCUUUUUUUCACAUUUAAUUUUGUCAAUAUGAAUUUUUGUAAAAUAAAGGAGGCAAUGCGAAAAGUCUGAAACAAAUAUUUAAAUGUAAUAUUUAAAUACAGCUCAUGAACAUUUCACCUGACUAUUUGAGGAUUAUAUAUUUUUUGUAACACAAAGCUUUCUGCAAAACAUGUGUUUUAAAAACUUUAUGGCUGACUCAAUCUCACAGUUGUCAAAGCCAAACUCAGAGUCUUCAGAGGUGUUCCCGAUGGCAUCCAAUAUCACUACCAUGCAGCAGUCCUCCAUGGCUCCCUUUUCUUUACCCAUCAGCAUCUCAGCCCAGGUUGGCAUCGUUAUCCUGACCCUGGCAUUUGUGCUGGGCUUCCCGGGGAACCUGUUUGUGGUUUGGUCGGUGUUCUGCCAGGUGAAGAAGCGCUCAGUGACUUGUUUGUUGGUGCUGAACCUGGCUCUGGCGGACGCUUUCGUGCUGCUCAGUGCCCCUCUUUUCCUGCGGUACCUGGCUGGAGGCCGGGGCUGGGAGUUUGGCACAGCAGCAUGCAAGCUGGUUCAUUACCUGUCCAGUGUUAACAUGUACGUUUCCAUCUACCUCAUCUGCCUGAUGAGCAUGGACCGCUGGUUGGCUGUUUCACGGCCUUUUCUGUCCCAGAGGAUGAGGACCAAGCGCUCCCUGCUGGUUCUCCUGCUGGUGGUCUGGGUGACGGCGUUCAUCCUGUCACUGCCGAUGCCUUUUUACCGCAGUAAUCUGAAGAAGACCUUCUUAUCACACAACGUCACUUUGAACUUUUGUAUCCCGUACCACUGGGAGAGCAUGGGUCAUCAGGUCUUCCAGUACAUUUUUGAGACCGUCAUGGGCUGCCUGGUGCCCUUCUCCCUCAUCAACACCUGUUACGCCUCCGUCAUCUGCCGCCUGAGAAGUGCUAUGUUCCACCGCAGAGGACAAGGCAGCCGUCUGAUCCUGAUGAUCAUUUGUGCCUUUGCAAUCUUCUGGCUGCCCUAUCACAUCGUCAACAUCAUAGAGGUGGCUGGUAUGUUGCAAGGCAGCAAAUCAGUGACGGACGCUGCUCGUACAGCCCGCCCAAAUGUCACAGCCUUCGCCUAUUUCAGCAGUGCUGUCAACCCCAUCCUCUACGUGUUCGCCGGCAGCUCCCACAUCCGCCAGGCCGGCCUCAGCUUCAUGGGCAAACUGUUUGAGGCCACCAACUCUGAGAGCAGAAGCACGUCCUUCACCCGCAGUGGCCGCGGCAGCUCCCCGGACGAGAGCUCUGCCCUGCACGCGCUGUCAGUCAAACUUGGGAAGCCUUUCAAAAGCAAGAGCAAGGACAGGAGCUACAGCGAGGCGGGAAAAGAGGCCGAGACUCUGGGCAGUGUACAGCAGCUAGAUUAGCGCUUAAGCCAUUUUCCUUGGACUACCUUUGUGAAUGAAUGAAUUAGAUACAAACUACCUUGACUCAUGAUUUUGUAUUUUUGAGCUUUUCGGCCCAUAAGCUUUAUUACAUUAAGUAUUCAACUGAACAAUGUUGUUUAUCAAGGGAUAAAACAGCAUCAGGAGAGGGAUCAGCACCGUAAUGGCAACAACUAAAGCUAUAAUAAUAUAUGGUGAUAAUUCCUGAAUCAUUAUCAUUUGUUUUUAUAUUUCAUAUAUUUCCAGUCAUAUUUUUUUCCAGUCAUUUAAAAAAAAAAAAAAAAAAAUGUUUGGUUUUCUAUAGCAGUGACUUUAUGUACAUUAUCGUUUAUAAUGUAAAUUAUCACAUAUAUAUUUUUUAAAAUGUUAUGCCAUGGUUUUAACACCUAGCACCUUUAUUUAAAUCAUUUUGUUAUGUCUUGUGUAACUGGCCUCAAAAUGUUUUUGUUUUUAUGUAAUAGUAAUGUGUAUGGCCACUUUGUAGUCAAAAAAUAAAUAAAAUUUGUCA